AUGCUCCCGACUCAUCAGCAGCCAUCAAAGGGCGUCUGCCCACCAGCCAGAGAACCCCGAGUGGGCUGCCAACUCGACAAGCCCCUCGCCUCAUUACUGACAGAAAGGGGCGAAAGCGGGGAGCUCCUCAAUCAUUCAACCACCCGCAGGUCCCAGGGUGGACAUCCCCCGGACAAAAUGUUUGAAUAUUGGGCUGGUGAGCUUGACACAGAUACGCCUAACUUCAGUCUAUUUCAAUGA